AUUUGGAACAACUUGGUGGAGAAAAAGAGGAAAACCUGAAUCGGUGCCUGAAUGGUGGAGUCCUGAUCUGAACCUUGUUCUUCCAACCCCCCCUCCUGGCAGUCGUGAGCCUUGUUGGCGUUUUCUCGAACUAGAACUGAAAAAGGAGGUUCACACUUAUUUAAACACCGGCGUAAACAUAUUGAAGGGUUAUUAACGUCUUGAGGAAGUGUAUGACCGAGCGUUUUCUCUGAUACUUCUGUGUGACAUGGCGAAGAAGAACAGCCAAAAGGAUACGUCUGGGGUGGUGUUUGACACUCGCUCAAAAAUGGUCAUGUCCCAGGGAGGAACAGCUGAGAGGAUGAAGGAGAAGAUCAGCGCUGUCAGGGCGGUUGUCCCCAACAAAAGUAACAACGAGAUUGUGCUGGUGUUGCAGCAUUUUGAGAACUGUGUUGACAAGGCCGUUCAAGCUUUUUUAGAAGGUAGUGCGGUUGAGAUCCUGAAGGAGUGGAAUGUCACUGGCAAAAAGAAGCCCAAGAAGAAAAAGAAGCCCAAGCCUCAGCCAGAGGCCUCAGCAGACCCUGCGCCACCUGCGACCACAUCGCCUGAGGAGGGCAAGGAUGAGAUCAACGGCUUUCACGCCAACGGAUCAGUAAUGGAUGGAGAGUCACUGGAUUCUCUGAGCGAACAGUUGGACUCUGCCUCCCUGGAUGCAGCCGAGCUGGACUCUGAACCCGCUACAUCCGAAACCACCGGUGCAGAAGCAGAAAGUCAAGGUAGCGCUCCAAGUCCCGCCUUACAGCAAGGAGGAAGGAAUCACCAGGGUCCCAGAGGAAACAAGAACCGACACAGGCCAGGCUCAUAUUCACAUCCACCCACUUCCUCAUUAACACCCACCCCUGAUGAGCAAGGAUCGUCAGGAGUCAAGAAGAUAGCUUCCAACAUCGACCGCUCUGUGAAGGACCUGCAGAGAUGCACUGCCUCGCUGACUCGCUACAGGAUGGUGGUCAAGGAGGAGAUGGACUCCUCAAUCAAGAGGAUGAAGCAGACGUUUGCGGAGCUCCAGAGCUGUUUAAUGGACAGAGAAGUGACUCUGCUGGGAGAAAUGGACAAAGUGAAAGCUGAUUCCAUGUUGAUUUUGGACGCCCGGCAGAAGAGAGCAGAGGAGCUCAGACGGCUGACGGAUCAGUCGGCGUCCAUGUCUGAGGAACAGCUGACUGAACUGCGUGCAGACAUCAAGCACUUUGUCAGUGAGCGUAAAUAUGACGAGGACCUUGGGAAAGCUGUAAGAUUUACAUUUGAUCUUGAACCGCUGAAGACGAGCAUCUCAGGGUUUGGAUCAGUUUAUCACCCGCGUACAGGUUACUCAAAUCGGUCCCGUUGCAGCUCCACGUCCUCUUCUGUCGCCAGCCCGAGCCUGGUUGAAACUCCUCCUCCACCCACCCAGACCCAAAGCACCCCCAGUGAAAACCGCCCUCCACCAAACAAACAGAUUUUCCAAGGCAACAGGCGUACUUUCCAGGGACAAGGGUAUCAGCGGUAUAACGGCGGUUCCUACCACGACAGGAACGCCGGUCGCACUAACCACCGCUAUCAGAGUGACGGCGGCUCUUCUGGUCCUACUUCACAGCACUCUAACAACUCAAGAGGUCCCUCCCGUUCCUCCACGACCUCCUACAACCCAGAACGACCCUCUCACAACGGGCUGCCCCAAAGGCCUCCGCGGACGCACUGCCCUUGACAUUAGAAGCCCGCGUUCGAUCACACCCAUCUACUAACCCUUGCACUCCCGCGCCCAUACCCUCCACCCUCCACCCUCUCCUACUAACUCCUUUCAAUGAAGAAUAGAAUACAAGUUUACAUAUUUCUGUCAGUUGAGCUGUAGUGCCACCUCUCUGCAUCUACCCGUUCAUCCCUCAAACUUGAAAAGCUCUAACUGUUCUGUAAUCGCUCUUCCUUUUGCAUUUCGCCCAUCAUGGUUAAGGUAACAGCUUCUAUCUUUAGCCCCCCCUUUGAGAGGUCUCAUUGCUAUGCUGUUGUCAGUAUCUGUUAUUAAUUUCGGCAGUUAAGCAGACUGACAGGAUUACCUGCAACAAUUUGUGCACUAUUGAGGUUGAACUCUUAGUACUAUUUCUAUUUUUGCCGUGGCUUUCGUCAGCUCUCUGAUUUGCACCUCAGAUCUUUUUUUUUUUUGUUGUUUCCCGGAACCAUUUCAAUGCCUUCACCGUGGAAAGUGUAGUGGAAGUACAAACGUUAACAUUAAGUCACAUUUUGUCAUCAGGAUAGAAGACAUGCAAUCAACACUACAGACUUAUCGUUAAUCUUUAAAAGGUAGAAAAUGAAACAUAUCAAACUGUAAUCCAGAGCUUUUUCUUUUUUUGUAUGGCUGCUACAAACAUUAGGGAACUUAACGGUUCGACAGAGGUUGCCCUCUUAACGGAACAGUUUGACAUUUGAGAAAUAGGUCAUUGCUUUUCUUGUCGAGUUAGAUGAGACGGAUCGAUACAGCUCUCAUGUCUGCACGCUAAAUAUGAAACUCGCCAGCACACAUUUAGCUUAACAUAAAGACUGGAAACGGGUUUGUUUUCUGUCCUAAUGUAACAGAGUCCGCCUACAAGCGCCUCAGAAGCUCACUAAUUAACACUUUCUAUCUUGUUUUUUUCUUUUUCUACAAAGACUGAAGUGUUAAAACUACAACUUGUGGUUUUACUGCAGGUUAUAGCCGAGCCAGCUGUUUCCCUCGGUGUCUAGCCUUUAUGAUAAAUUAAGAUAAUCUAAUCAGCUGCUGGCUGGAGCUUCAUACUCACCAUACAGACGUGAGAGUGGUAUCAAGCUUCUCAUCUGACUCCCUGCAGGGAAGUAAAAAAGCCCCGUUUCGUGAAGGCGUCGAACUGUUCCUUUAAAUGUUGUCUUCGGCAGUGACGUAUCGCCCUCCCACUGGCCAACGGAGUUAUCGUGAAUGCUGUUGUUCUCGGCUUGCUGUUCAUUAUUUUACAACAAAGAGAGGGCUGAUUAUUAUUAUUUUUUGUAGAGUGCUGUUAAAUGAUACGUUAAAACUCGAAAGAAAGGAAACUGUCCACAUGCUGUUUUAUCGUUGGUUCUCGACAUUUAUUCCGAUGGAUCUUCUUCCACGCGCACUGUUUGCUCCUUGUGUUUUUGUUAUAUGCACAUGAACGGCAUAUUAACGACGUGCUUGCCUUUUUAGUCACAGAGAGACUUCACAUUUGCCUUUCUAGAGACGUGGAUGUCUGCAUCAUGACGGCUUUCUAAUCAGAUGGUACUUGUAGAGCGAGACGUGUGACUUACAAAAUAUAUGUGUGAGAAUAAGAUGCAAGAUCUUUUCUUCUUCCCUUUUUUAUACACUCACUUUAUCCCGUCUGAAAGUAAAAUUGAUCAAACUGAUGAAUGCAUUGGAGAGGUUGCAUUGAUGUCACAGAUUUCUUUCCUACGGCUGCCAAGUAGAUGCUUCAAGGCUGUUGUUGGGGUUAAGUCUCCUCGUAGCGUCCACGGUUUGAGAACAAAAAGCAGGUGAAUACCUCAUUGCUGAUCUUUUGACACGGCCUGUUUUCUCACAGUGGGCUCUUAUUAAGGGACAGGGUGUUUCCUCAUCGCUUAUCUUCUUGUAGUUAUGUACAUACAGUUGGUGGAGCUGCAAAGGCCGUAGUGUAAAACUGGUUGUUACAUUAUUGCUGCAUCUUCUUCAUCAUGUGUCGUCUUCCCUCGUGCAGACAAAUGAAUUUAAAAUGUUAUUUCCCUCGCCCUUUUUGUUUCUCUGUGAGUUUUCUGAUCAUAGGGAGAUUUUUCAUAUUAUUUGAGAUAAAAAAUCAUCUUUAUUCCAGUAAUUAUAUUAGUUAAUAUUGUGGAGAAAAGAGUGCUAACUUCUUAGCAGUCUUUGAUAAAUAUGUGCUGUAAAGACACAUGAAUAAGUUACCUUUUGACUUAAAGGAAUAGUUCAACAUUUUAGGGAAAUACCCUCAAUGCCUUUCUUACUGUUUGAAAUCUCUUCCGAUAAAACAUAAACCUCACCUUUAGGUCCUUGUUGCCCCGUGUGGCUGCAGUUCUUCACCAGCUGUAGUUGCAGUGGGUGUUCUCCAGCCUCAGGGGGCAGUAACGAGCCCAUUACGGCUUGGUGCACCGCAAUGAGGCAGGAAGACGCAGCACUAGACGACUUAUUUGGUUAUGGUAAAAUGGCACAUUGCCAUUUUGACACUAUUUUUGUACAGAUUAAACAAAGAAACAUAUAAAUGUUAAUUAGGGAGCUCUAGAAGAGCGGUAGGCAGAUUUAGUUUCCUUUUUAGACAGAGCUGUUUUCAGUCUUUAUGCUAAACUAACUGGCUGCUCACAGUUGUAUCAUCAUCAGUCGUCUUAUUUCGACACAAAUUUAGAGAAGUACCGAAAGUAAACGAGUCUCCAUUACUGCGGUGGCGUCCCGGUACAACAUGUACACGUUUGAAUGCGAGCUGUCGUAAGAAGUGUAUAGUUUUCUUCACAUCACUUUUACUUUAUAUAAUGUUACUUUUUACAAAGAUGAUGGAAAUCAGGAAGAACCGGUGCAGUUAUCAGCUACUUAAAACUGAAUGAGAAACACCCGAGCCUUUACUUCAUGAAGAGUGGCCCUAUCUGAAACCAUACACUUUACAUAGAUUCCCAAGAUGUUCACUUGCCAGGGCGAUUAGUUAAAUAAUGUUGAAUACCUAAUGGAAGAAAAAAAACACAUGAAUUUGUAUUUAUGAUUUCUUUAUUAAUAUAACUGCUCUGUGAAGUGAUGCAGUUUCAGUUUUGGCCCUUUCAAAGGGAAAAAGUUUGGGUCUAACUAAAUAUGUAAAAUGUGAAUAAAGCUAAAGUCACCGGCCAUAUAAGGGGCCUUCAUCAGUAACUGGGGGGCCACUGCCGAACAUUAAACCAACUACCUUUGCUGCUGUAACACUCAACAGAGUCAGUGCGACUUGUCACCACAGUAAUGGAGAACACACAUACUAUAUACUCGCAGGAAGAAAGAAAUGUAUUUCCUAAAAUGUCAAAUUAUUCCAUAAAGUGCUUUCAGAGGCGGUAACUUUAUUAUAAUGUCACCGAGACUUUGAUCGAUUGACGACGUCGUGGGGGGGUGGGGGACAAUGUACCACAUUUCACAACUUUCCUUAAUUAGUUCUCUGUUUAAUGAUGGUUUGAAUUAAUCAAAGCUGCAGGACAGGUGAUGAACAAAUCAUCUUUUAUUCCAGCGUUAUCUCUAGAGUUAGAGGUGCUGGACUUGUUCAAUCAAGACUCAAAGAUAGUAGUUUUUUUUUCUCAUCUGAGAUUUUGUCUCUCACUAUUUUAUUUUUUUUGUUUGUUUGUUUUACAUUCCAAACUGUAGGAAUAUUAGGUUAUCGCCAAAGAAAUGAUUUCGUCCUGUUGCUGCCUUUUCUUUCUUUCUUUCCUCUGCCUGUAAAGAAAUCCAAAGGGGAUAAAUCCAACACUUCACUUAUUCUUCCUUCUAUCCCUCCUGAUUUUCCGAUUCCUUACUGUAUAUACAUAUAUGUAGCUAUAUAAUUUUGUGCUCACGUGGAGCAUUUUGUAUGUGAUAUUCAUAUUAGUCAUAAUGGAGAUUAAAACAUCUAGCAUCAUCUUCCAGUAGAUCCCCCCUCCCCCCGAGUCCUUCUCAAGACAACCUUUCUGAGACAACUGUAAACUCAAGUGCCUUUUCUUGUCUCCCACCAAUUCAUUGACAUCCCCUCCACCAAAAUAUGGACCAAAGACAUCGACCGUCCCCGACAACCCCUCUCUGCUCUUUCUCCCACUCACUGAAUUGCACACUUUUCAUUUACUACGAAUAAACAGUUUGCAAUACUGA